UCAUUCUUGACACAUGAAAGAAUUGCUGCAGAAUCGAGGGAGUCGCCUGUCCCCACCGGUUUCCUCAACAUAUUAGUAUUUUUAUCUCAUCGAGGGUGGUCAUCCCACAAUAAGGUCUCGCAGCAAAAGAUAACCAUGAACUUUGUGCAACAAGCUGCUGAAAUGAACGAGGAAGGAGCGACCUUCUGCGCUCAUGGCGACAUGCAGAAUGGUUUUCUCUGUUUUCGCAACGCCCUGAGGAUCCUUGCAGGGGGUGCCGAAGCGUUCGAAGAGGCGGCGAUUGUUCCCGUUGCUUCCAAUACAGGUUUUCUGAACAAGAUGCCAACUCUCGUCCUCCCGUACAGUCGUGGCGCUGCUUCUUCCCACGAGAGUCAACCAUAUUUUGUCUUCAAGGAUGCCAUUCUGUUCAAUUCAAGUCGGCCACUAGGCUCUCUCUCAGCCUCUCACCUCGCCCUGUUCUUCUCGGUGUGCGAGUUUAACAUGGCUCUUUCUUUCCACCUUCAGAGUUUUCAGGUGGGGGAAAAGUCCCAUUUGAUUACCAAGGCUUCAACUCUCUACGACUUUUGCCUGCAGCAUGUCAAGCAUGCCGCGGGGUGCAGCGAAGCCGCCAGUGUGCUCGUGGCUGCGCUAAGCAACAAGGCUCAGCUGAUGAAUCAAGAAUUCGGAAGAUAUGAUGAGCUUGAAGAAUUGAAAAAGCCCUUAUUGAACGCGGUUAGCUACUGCUAUGCCAACCCAGGACUGUUCACAGCCCAGGAGGUCGAAGAAUUUCUCCUGAACAUUGUCAUCCUCAAGGAACUCAAGUUUGCGGCUGCUGCCUGAACAAAGAAAUGCCCCUUCCAAUCAUUUUCGGCUGCCAGGAGGCUGCCGAUUCUAUCCGAUACUAUCUGAUAGUCCUAAGACAACAACUCCAUCUGUACAUACUAGUGAAGCACCUACAUUUAGCUACUAGUCUCUACAUCUUGUAUCUGUGCUUAGCU